UGUGGUCAGAUGAGUCCGAAUCAUUCACGACAACAAAGACCAACACAAAGCCACGCUCAUGUCAGUGCACGAUAGUGAAGAAGUCACCGAACUGCAUCACUCGAGACAUCAUGGACGAUGAUGACAUACCUCAACUCUCCGCCGACACUCUCGCGGCCCUAGCAGAGUUCCAUAGUGAACGCGAUGCCAAAGCCAAAGAAUUCGAGGAUCUGAAGACCAAGGCGGAGGACGAUUUUGCGAAUGGCUCGGGCAAGCUCACCAUGAAUUUGUUUGGCGAGGACUGGAACGCGAGUCAGUUCUGGUACACCGACCACACUGCGGAAGUGCUUGCACGACAGCUGUUGAAAGACGCCACCGACUCUUCUGCGAUCGCUAUCGUGUCCGCCCCCAGCGUCUAUGUUGCGCUGCGGAACAUCCUUGCCGAUGACGAGACAGCCCCCCGGCCGCAGCUAUGUCUGCUCGAGUAUGACAGACGUUUUGAGGUGGUAGGUUCGGACUUCGAGUUCUACGACUUUCAGCAUCCUCUCCGCGUUCCGCCGACUCUGAAGGGAAAGUUCGAUCGCAUCAUUUGCGAUCCUCCUUUCCUGUCUGCGGAUUGCCAGACCAAGACCGCACUCACUGCUCGGUACCUAGCAAAGAGCUGGUCUGAUGAUCCACAGCAAACGCUGCGCUUCAUAUCCUGCACCGGAGAGAGAAUGGAGUCCAACAUACUUCGACUUUACGCGAAAAUUGGCGUGAAGACGACUACGUUCGAGCCAGAGCACAGCAAAGGUCUUAGCAACGAGUUCAGAUGCUAUGCCAAUUUUGAGUGCGAAACCUGGAACUGGCGCCAUGAUUGAUCAUGGUUCUGUGCGCUCUUCAAAUUUGAAAUGGCUGCAUUCACCUAUGUCAACAAGGAAUGUAGCGUUGGAAUCGCCCUCUGGCCCAUAAGUCCCGCGUGUCAAUGUCACCUCACACAAAGCAACGCGAAGUUCUUGAUAUUGCGUAAUAUCCUAAUGCCGCGACACUACUUCGGUGCUUCUCACUCUACGCCUGCGAUAAGCUCCACUGGGCCGGUAGCGAUAUAGAGCACUGAGGCACUAGAAACUACACAACCGUGACAACAAGCUGGACUGUGUCAUCUCAUGUGUAGUUGGCACCGUUGAUACGCGCGGCAUCUCUCUCGUGUCGAACUUCCCGGUGCCGCUUCAGUACCACCUUCCUUAAAGCGCCACCCAUCACCACGUCGCAAGUGUUCAACCGAUGCAUGCCACAACCUAUGAUAU